UCCGAGCUGCUGGGCUUUAUUUAUUUAUUCCUACGCGAGCAGACCCAGCGCACCUCUUGCAUACAAAGAGUGAAAUUACAACCUAAAGGACCUAUCGUACCUUCUUUUGGAGUAACCUUAGUGCUAGUGAGAGCCUUGCCUACUUUUUAAGGCUAAGAAGACUCAUUUUCUGCAGGUAAACCAAAAGCUUUCAGGAAACAUUUUCUGCUCUUCUGCUUUUUCUGGUUAUUCAGCCUGGACCUCUGUCCUGUUUACAGAGCUGAGGCAAGCCCUUGGACAUGAUCUGCCUUGUGUUUGCAAGAAUGGCAGUAACAACUACACAUCAGUGACUUUUCUCACUGAAUCCCUCUGGAUGCUGUAUUUUUCCCUGGUCAUAAGUGGUGACAUUUUCCUUACCUCUUUGGGAAGAUUAGUUUCAACAGGACAUUAAAAAGAUGGCUGAGGAAGAAAAGCGAUCUCUAAAGAAAGCAAUUCAGUUUGGUAUUAAUGGAUAUAUUCCAUCAGUACAACUAUGCAUCAGAAAUGAAAAUGCCCUCAGAAAUUAUCAUGCUUGUUUAGACAGCAUGCAAAUAAAACACAUGUGACUGGUCCAUCAGAAAAAAAGAGCUGGAUCCCCAAUGGAGAGCUGCUGUCAAAUGAGAGCCUCCAGGAAAGCCAUAGACUCAACCUUACCUUUAAAUUAGUUACCUGAAACAGCCUGUUGCAAUUUUGUAAUACAAAGACCAUGUUAGCUGCAGGUAAAAGGAUUUCUGCAUUCCCAAGCUACAAGAAAUAUUUCCUUAAAUUUUAUAUUUAAUUUAUCUUACUUUUGGUCUAAUCAGCAAUUAAAUUUGAAAGAGGAUCCCUGAAGAGAACAUGCCAGUUGAAAAUAUACAUAAUAACAAGGAGAAGAAUGCUAAGCUCCAGGAGUAAGGUGUUAAUUUGUAUCUUAGGAACAAUAUUAACAUACAGGUCAAAUGUCAAAUGAAAUGGGUCGCAAAGAAACACGUUACUUACAGACUUUAAAUUGUGAUUCAAUGGCCCAGCAAAACAUGAAAAUGAGACCGGUGCUCCUGAAAAGGAACAGUCUGGACUCAGCAGAUUUUCUGAGGCACCCCCAGCACCGCAGGACCAAAUCCCAGCAGGUGCGCUUCAAGGACGAUGGUGUCAGCAGCAAGGCAGAGCUGGAGGCCAGUCCUGCCCCACACACAGCACUCACUACUGGCAAAACUGAAAUAUUUAGGGAUCACAAUUUUUUGCUAACUCAGUCUCCAACUUUUCCAAGGGCUCACAAGGGGCUUCGGAAUAUUGCCAUACAAACUUCUCCCAGCCUCAGGAAACACUUCCCUGUUUUUAAAAGGAAAAAGCUGACAGUAAGCAAAUCACUGACAGAAAUGCCAGCAGAGCCUGCAAACUCUAUCCAGGUAAAUGGCAACCUUUGUGAACCAGACAUUCUGUCCUCAGAGCUCUGCUACCUGAGGAUAAGUCAUCACUUGGAGGAUGGCUGCAGGAAUAGUGAGGUGGGCUUGGGUCAGAGGUCAUCAAAAGCACAAAGCAAUGGACCGAGGUACUCGGGGGAUUUCUCAGAGUCAGACAAGACAACUGCGUCCACACAGGUGCCUGAAUACAUUCAUGUGAGUUUCCCACAGGACAGAAACGUUCCCCUGGAUGCACCAGACACAGCCACAGCUUCAAGUAACUCACUGCAUUCUUCUACUGUCAUCAACAGCCACGAAAGUCAUGAAAACAGCACACUGUCAUCUGAUUCUGACAGAGCAGAGCCUUGCCUGAGCAACUCUGGGAACUGCAGUGAAUGUAACCCCCACUCUGCUGCUCCUGAAGAGCAGAAAAUUGAUUCUGAGCUGCCUGCAGCCAGCAGAGAUGCCAGCAGUAAGGAAGCUACUCCACUGUCACCCCCAUCAAACCACAGCUCAUCUCCUUGUUUCCUCAGAGACUGUCACCAGGCAGGAGAGCACAAGCCAGGUUCCAGCUGUGUGACACUCCCAAGUGAUGAUCACCCACCAGUGUCAGUGCCCAGCACCAAUGCAUCAAAUCCAUGUAACACUGAAAUCCAGAACAAUUCCACCCAGUCAGAUGUUUCCCAGUGUAACAGCUGUGCAGAAGGAUUUCACACAAAGUCUUAUCCGCCAAGGAAUGAAAUAAAUCCACAAAGCAACAAAGAGAUUAAUGAAAUCAAUCAAAUUCACUUGGCACAUGGAGAACUCUCUGCCCUACAAGGCAGGCUGCAGUCUGUAGAGGAAUCCUUACAGUCCAACCAGGAGAAGAUUAAAGUCCUUUUGAAUGUAAUCCAAGACCUGGAAAAAUCCAGAGCCCUCAGUGAAGGGAGGAAUUUCUACCACACUGGGCAGGACCUCAACAACUGCAGCACCUGCCAGAACACAGCGUGCAUCAUCUACAGUGUAGAAUAUGACUUCAGACAACAAGAAGGAAGAUUUCAUCAGAUUUUGAAAACACUGGACAAUGCAGAGCAAAAUGCAGCUUCAGCUUCACCUCAGAAGCCACCACCUGAUCCUCCAGCUCCCGAGAAAAAGGAGUUAAGGAGAAAGACCAAAAAGCUUCUAGCUUCAGAAGAUAGUCUAACAACCAACUGCAACAUGUGCUUUUUCAGAUCAUACUUCUCUUUGCAAGGAUGACAUGGG